UUGGAUUUCAUAGCAGGCUCGCGUAGCAUCUGGAUGAAAAGUGUCAUUCGGUGUUUCUGUUUAGAAUACGCACGUUUUUCGCGUGUAUUGAAUGAAAAAUGAACGGAAAAACUCCUAAAAGUUCACUGUGCCGUUGUUUUAAAUAGCUUUCGAGAUUUUCAUUUUCCGCGAUCAAUUUUUACGAAGAAAAACUGUGAAAAUUGUUCUGUUUAAGUCGAGAGGGAAGGAUAAGAGGUUGUUUGAUUUUUCGUGUUCUACACCAGAGGGAAUAAAUAAUCUGUUGCUUCUACAAAUGCACUAUGUACGGGCUUUUAAUAGAAAAUAUGUCGGAGUAUAUCAAACAGACAUACGGAGAAGACAAAUGGGAGGAAAUAAGACGAGCUGCGGCAGUAGACCAACCAAGUUUCAGUACACAUCAAGUAUAUCCAGAAGGAUUGCUACCAAGAUUAUCCAAGAAGGCAGUACAGAUAUUGCAAGUUAGCGAAAGAGAAUUUAUGGAUCAGAUGGGAGUAUUUUUUAUUGGUUUCGUGAGUCAAUAUGGAUACGACCGAGUUUUAUCAGUUUUGGGUAGACAUAUGAGAGAUUUUCUGAAUGGGCUCGACAACCUUCACGAAUACCUAAAGUUUUCGUAUCCUAGAAUGAGAGCGCCAAGUUUUAUUUGUGAAAAUGAAACGAAACAGGGAUUGACGCUGCAUUACAGGAGCAAAAGACGAGGAUUUGUGUAUUACACAAUAGGACAAAUAAGGGAGGUAGCUAGACACUUUUACCAUAAAGAAAUGAAGAUAGAGUUAGUAAGAGAAGAACUGUUAUUUGAUAUGGUGCACGUAACAUUUCAAUUGACAUUUGACAAUAGGGCGUUUACUUUAGCAUCGCUGGCAAUGACUAGAGAGGAAAAACACCUACCAAUUAGUGCUUCAGUAUUAUUUGAAAUUUUUCCAUUUUGUAUAGUUUUUGGAUCAGAUAUGAUAGUAAGAAGUAUAGGCAAUUCUUUGAUGGUCAUCAUCCCAGAUUUAGUAGGAAAAAAGAUAACCAAUUGGUUUGAUCUCGUAAGGCCUUUGAUUGCUUUUAAAUUUGGUUCGAUACUCAAUAGGACAAACAAUAUUUUUGAACUGGUGACCGUUGAGCCCAUCUUGAACGACAAACCAUCAGGACGAAGAGGCCACGAGUUGCUACUUAGUGAUGAAAUGGAAGUAUCCGAAGACAAAAAUCUAAGAUUAAAAGGACAGAUGAUAUACAUGGACAAUUGGAAAAUGAUGAUGUAUUUGGGGACGCCUGUAAUGCCAGAUUUGAACUCUUUAAUACAUUCUGGACUGUACAUAAAUGAUCUCUCGAUGCACGAUUUUAGCAGGGACCUGAUGUUAGCUGGUACUCAACAGUCAGUAGAACUUAAGUUAGCUUUAGAUCAAGAACAAUUAAAAAGUAAAAAGUUAGAGGAGUCAAUGAGGAAAUUGGACGAAGAAAUGACAAGGACGGACGAAUUGUUAUAUCAGAUGAUUCCCAAACAAGUGGCUGAUCGGUUAAGAAAAGGAGAAAAUCCUAUAGAUACAUGUGAGAUGUUCGAUAGCGUGUCUAUACUUUUCUCGGACGUCGUGACAUUUACUGAAAUAUGUAGCAGAAUUACUCCUAUGGAAGUAGUAUCCAUGCUCAACGGGAUGUACUCUAUUUUUGACAAAUUAACUGAAAGAAACAGUGUAUAUAAAGUAGAGACCAUUGGUGAUGCAUAUAUGGUUGUUAGUGGUGCGCCAGAAAAGGAAGGUAAUCAUGCCGAAAGAGUUUGUGAUAUGGCGCUGGAUAUGGUAGAAGCAAUUACUAAUCUGAAGGACCCUUCAACAGGUCAACAUCUCCGUAUUCGUGUUGGAGUUCAUUCAGGAGCAGUAGUUGCAGGAAUAGUGGGUUUAAAAAUGCCGAGAUACUGUCUGUUCGGUGACAGCGUGAAUACAGCAUCAAGAAUGGAAUCGACAAGUGAAGCUAUGAAAGUACACAUAUCUCAAUACACGAGGGAACUUUUACCGUCUAGCUAUAAAGUAAACGAAAGAGGAGAAAUACAAAUAAAAGGAAAAGGAACAAUGAAAACCUACUGGUUAGAAGAAAAAGAGUAUUGGUCGCCUACUCCAGGGAUUCCGAAGUUGGAAACAUCUGAACCAGAAAUAAGAAACGUUCUUAAACCAAUACAUCAGAGUAACUCAAUGGAUAUUGCUCGAGCGACAUUGUACUCUCCAAUAACAUUUAAAGAUGUAGCUAGAAGAAGUAUAACCAGCUCACCUAUUAAAGCGAAAGAACAACGAUCAAAUUCAGCUGGAGCUGUUUGUAGUAGCUGUGAUCCUGCUGACAUUUUUGGUUCACUAGUACUAGACGAUGGUGAAUCAGAUGAGAAGUCUCAAAAUUCUCAAGUAACGCUUCCUUGUACGUUUAGAUCCAGAAGUACCACCGGUCCAUCUACUAUUGGCUUUUCAGUGGAAAAGAACGAGGUCAGUAUGGUGCUUCCAACAGAACUCGCAAUUCCAACACCCAGUCUCUUAUCAAACGAUUCAAAUAAUCAAUCCAAAAGUCUCUGUAAACCUGAACCAAAGACUCAACACCAAAGUGAACCAUCGUAUUCGCAGAUGUGCCCAAAGCCACCUGUACACCUCAACCUACACCAAUCACUACAACCUCAAGAACCUAAAUACGAAUACGGGAAAGUGAUGCAUGUAUAUGCGAAGAAAAUGACUAAAGAGAAAGAAUUCCCUACCUCGAAGAGUGAAGCUAGUCUGUGUAAGAAGAAGGAACCACAUCACGGGAAAAAUAAAAACCAUCACCACCACCACCAUCAGUGUUGUCCAGGUUUUGGGGAUUCUUCGAAACACCAUCGAUAUCGAAGCAAUGCUUGUAUCAUUAGCUAGGUUUUAAUGUAUUCAGUUUUUGAUCGAUAUUAAAUAAGUUACUUUUUUA